AUGGAUGAUGGAGGCCCCAUUUCAGAUUACUCAACAACUAUUGAGAUGGACGAUCUCUUAAUUCCACCUUUCUUUCAACACAAUUUACUCAAUGGAAUUCCUCCUCCAGCAAUAACGAAACUUCGAGAAUGGCAAACAGAAUUACUCAAGACAAACGAUUGGGCUCAAAGGAAAUCAUGUGUCUGCGUUGCUCCUACAUCUGGAGGGAAAACGUUAAUUGCCGAAAUUGCCAUUUCUCAGCUUCUUGACGACAAUCCUCAUGCUAAAAUCAUAUACGCCUUACCAUUUGUUGCCCUUGCAUCAGAAAAAUUCCUCGAUUUUGAGAAGAGAUUUCGAAAAUACACUGUCAGACCAUUCUUCCAGAACAUAGGAGGCAGCGACUUCAGAACAGGAUCCAUAGCGAUAUGCACUUACGAGAAGGCCCAUUCAAUACUAAAUAACUCCAUAAAAACAGGUUAUCAUCAAGACAUAAAACUCGUAAUCAUCGACGAAGCCCACAUGAUUGGAGAUGAGAGCAGAGGUGUUGUUGCUGAAGCCUUACUCAUGAAGCUGAAAUCUCUACAAACUCAGCCUCAAAUUAUCGCGUUGACUGCAACUCUCAACGAAGAAGAUGCCAGGAGAUUGGCCCAAUCAAUUAAUGGAUACGCAUUCAUUUCUCACAAACGAAUUGCACCUCUUAAGACUUACAUUUGCACGAAAUCAGGAAAAUUGUACAAAAUUGAGAGACAAAAAAUGAAAGAUUUCCAGAAAUCAGCAGAAAACAGAGAUGAAAACGUAACUGUUAUACACUUACAACAUGAACAGGAUAAUACCACAUCAACUAAAAAUGAAAACAACGAAACAAAGAACCAAAGUGAUUAUUCCCAGUUUUCUUCUGAUUCUCUCAGUUUCUCCUCUUUUUCUGUCGACAAAAGUCCUUCACAUAGACUUGACAAUUCUGAUUUCAUUUCAAGUCCAAAUGCUAAUUCAUCUUCUUCAGAAAACAAUUUCUCAUUAACUAUUUCAGAUAAAAAUCAAUCUUCAUUCAGUACAUCAAAUAAAAGUGACAAUUUAUAUAAAAGUGACAAUUUAUAUAAAAGUGACAAAAUUUCAUUCAAUGCAUCAAAUAAAAGUGACAAAGAAGAAGAAAUUGUUUAUACGAGAAGAUUGAUAAAUACAAUAAAAAUCGAGAGUGAAUCAGAGAUAAUUUUACCAUUAGUUCUUCCUCUUUAUAACAGUAAGAGAGAACAGACAGUUUUGGUUUUCGUAAACACAAGGAAUGAAACAAAAAAAGUUUGUAAAACACUUCUGAAAAACACUCCUCAAAAUUUAGAUUUACAAACCGUUUCUGACAUCUCAAAAAUACAAAACGGAAUUGACACGUUUUUAAUGGAAUGUAUUUCUCACAGAAUUGCUUUCCACAACGCAGGAUUGACAAUUGAAGAGAGAAAACUCAUAGAGAAAAUGGCAAAAGAAAACAUGAUAAAAGUCAUCGUCUGCACAACAACUCUAAGUGCAGGAAUAAACAUAAGAAGUGUUUCGAGAGUAGUAAUUUUGGAUAUGUAUAGAAAAAGUGACAACAAAAAGGAGUUGAUUACAAAAACCGUUUUCUCACAAAUGAGUGGUCGCGCAGGGAGAAAAGAAGGUGUCAGUGGAGAUGUUGUUUGUGUUGUUAAUGAUGACGAAAUUGAAGAAAUCUCUGAUAUGAUAAUUAAUCCUUUACCUGAGAUAAAAACGAAAAAAGACGAAAGCUGUUUUUCGUAUGUUUUGCAGUCGAUUUCUUUGGGAAUUAUGGACAAAACAGAUGAAGAAUACGUUCAGAAACUGAGAGAUUUAGGUUUAUUGCAAAAGAACUCAUUGGAUACAACGAAAUUGGGAGAAAGUUUGGCAAACGCAAACAUAAAAAUUGAUGACGGAUUGGAAAUAUCGAAAAUAGUUUCUUCAAUGGUCAACAAAAUCUGUUUGACUGAUGAUUUGCAUAUUUUGUUAGUUUGUUGUCCGAAAAAUGAAAAUUCUCAAAUUUUGAUUCCAAAAAUUUCUUCACAAAUUUUUGAGAGAGUUAUCAGAAAUCAUUUGAAUUGCGUGAUGAUUAUUUUAGGAAAAACGAAAGAAGAGAUUGAGAAAAUGAUUGUUUUGAAUGCAGCUGGUUUCGAGAACAAAACAACGAAAGAAGAAGAAAAUUUAUUGAAAAGAAUUUACAUUUCUUCUAUUUUGUGUGAUUUAGUUAACGAAAUUUCAUUUACAGAAAUUGCAGAGAAAUACAAGAUUGACAGAGGAACUGUUCAAUCUCUGCAGACAAGUUCUGCUGCUGUUGCAGGAAUGGCCACUAGAUUUUGCGAAUCAAUGGGAUAUAGUUUAGUUGCAGCACAAUUGAGUAUCAUGAGAAAGAGAUUGUCUUUCUGCGUGAAACAGGAAUUGUUGGAAUUAGUUUCUAUUCCAGGGGUGACUCCUGAAAACGCAAGAAUUCUUUUUGAUAACGGAAUAUCUAAUGCUGAAAGACUCUCAACAAUGUCUAUUGGUGAACUCAAUGAAAUCAUUCCGAAUGUUCACUGGAAAAAGAUUGUUGCAAGUGCAAAGAAAUACGCCGAUCAUAUUGCUAUUCUCCAGGAAUUCGAAGAUGAUGUAAUGGCCAAAAUGACUAAUCCUGAUUAA